AAGCAAGAAAGUUGGAGAAAUCUGAAAACAGAGUAACCAAAGAAAAUGUUACGAUCACUGAGUCACAAACCCUCCCCCUCUUCACUCUUCAACUUCACCUCACUUCGCAGCAGAAUUCUAAACACCCACACGCAUGCAUUCUCCUCCGCCGUAUCACCACCGUCAAAAGCAAUCAUAUACGAAUCCCACGGCCAACCCGACGCAGUAACAAAGCUAGUCGACAUUCCGGCGACGGAAGUUAAAGAGAAUGAUCUGUGCGUCAAGAUGCUAGCAGCUCCAAUUAACCCUUCCGAUAUUAAUAGAAUACAAGGUGUUUAUCCUGUGAGGCCGGAACCACCUGCAGUUGGUGGUUACGAAGGUGUUGGAGAGGUUCACUCCGUUGGCUCCGCCGUAACUUGUUUCUCUCCCGGUGAUUGGGUUAUUCCUUCUCCACCUUCUUUCGGGACGUGGCAGACAUACAUUGUGAAGGAUCAGAAUGUGUGGCACAAAGUAAACAAGGGUGUGCCUAUGGAAUAUGCUGCUACAAUUACUGUUAAUCCUCUAACUGCUCUUCUAAUGCUUGAAGACUGCGUUACUUUGAACUCAGGAGAUGCUAUUGUACAAAAUGGGGCAACCAGCAUGGUUGGUCAGUGUGUCAUUCAGCUUGCAAAAUCUCGUGGCAUUCACAACAUUAAUAUUAUACGGGACAGGCCUGGGGUUGGUGAAGUAAAAGAAAGACUUAAGGAUUUGGGUGCUGAUGAAGUUUUCACCGAGAGUGAAUUGGAAGUGAAGAAUGUCAAGAGUCUCCUGGGUGGUAUACCUGAACCCGCACUGGGAUUUAACUGUGUCGGUGGCAAUUCUGCUUCUUUGGUUCUCAAAUUUUUAAGACGAGGAGGAACUAUGGUGACGUAUGGUGGAAUGUCUAAAAAGCCCGUCACUGUAUCAACUUCAUCCUUCAUAUUUAAGGAACUUUCCUUGAGGGGUUUCUGGUUGCAGAAUUGGUUGAGCACAGAUAAAGCUGAAGAGGGCAGAAGAAUGAUAGACAGGCUUUUGGGUCUUGUACAAGAUGGAAAGUUAAAAUACAAGAUGGAAUUGACUCCCUUUAAUGAUUUCAACACAGCAUUGGAUAAAGCUCUAGGAAAACUUGGGAGCCAACCAAAGCAAGUGAUCAAAUUCUAAUUUGAAAUGUGGGAUUGGAUUUAAGGCUUGCGGUUGAUAUUUACUUUCUGUGAGAAAGGAGUUCUGCAUUUUAUAUGGCAUUUCUAUCUCACUGUUAAGUACUCAUCUUGUAGGAAUCCCAUGUGUAUUGUACAAGAAUACUGAAACAUAGCUACAACUUUUCCAAAAUUUGCUCCAAGUAGUUCAAAACAAUCUCAG